AUGCUUUUCGAUGUACUAUUGAACGGCCGUGUCGAGUACAGCGUGAAGUUUUUUGGUGUCCAAGAAGUCAAAGAACCCAAAGGUACAAAGGCAAUUCGUGACGCCAUACAUGCAAUACAGUUUCAAAAUGGGGUAAAACGAUUUGAAUCGACACAAUCCGGAGUUAAACUUCAAAAAGUUGACAUACAGAUCAAUGUAGAAGGGGUCGUGAUAGUCGACUAUAAAUCUAAAGCGAUUCUUCAUCGUUAUCCUCUUCAGAAGAUAUCUUUUUGUGCCGACGACAAGCAGGACAAACGCAUUUUCUCUUUCAUUGCGAAAUCACAAUCAGAUCCGGAGAAACACGAAUGCUUUGUAUUUCUUAGUGAUAAGAUGGCUGAACAAAUCACAUUGACUGUAGGGGAGGCGUUUGAUUUGGCGUAUAAGAGAUAUUUGGAUAAAAACAGGACUUCGUUGGAGAACCAAAAACAGGUGUUCGUAUUACGAAAAAGGAUAGCGGAAUUAGAGGCCGAAAAUCAAGUGCUCAGUCAGCGGCUAGCUGAGGCAAUUAGGGCAAACAAAACUCCGCAGUUAUCGCUACUCGAUACACCAGCAUUGCCAUCAACUCCGAUGCCUUCUGGUCCACCACCUGGAUUGACGCAAAAUACGACGUAUUCUACGCCUCAUAACACACAUGUGCUAUCGAACGAUCCUUUCACUGGUCUUGUCACGGCUCCAUCCGAGUUCCCUCCAACUGUUAACACUGCAGCUCAACUAAAUGGCCACAAUACUCCACAAACACUUGGUUACUCUCCUUCUGGACCCGCUCCAUCCCUUGCUCCACCUCCAUGCCCUGUUCCCACAUUAGCUCCACCUCCACCUGUGGCUCCUCGUCGGAAUCCACCUGCACGUGCAAAUACAGUACCUGUUCCAGAGGUUGGUCGACGACUUCAGAACCUACAGCUGGACCAAAUGGAAGAUGUCUUUGAUGAUAAUUUCGAUCCUCGUGCGGAUAGCAAGUCAAAGGAGAACAAGGAGUACGAUCCAUUUGGCGACGAUUUCCUUGAUAACGUUCUUCGACUUGGUGAUGAAGCAGGCCGCUCAACAAUGGCUCAACUUGAUGCUGCACAACCGACAGCAGCAGACUUCCAAAAGAUGAUCGACAAAGUUGAUAAAAGACUCGCCGAGAUGUCGACGGGCUUCUCUGGAGGGCAUCUAGAAAUGGGCCAAGUUUCUCCUGGUGAAUCGUUGGGUGAUUUGGAGGAGAACGAAUAUGGAACCCCAUCGGACAAGGUGAACAGUGUUGUAAUGACGGGUAAAAAAGCAUAG